ACGGGUAUCUAAAAUCCCUCCUUUGGUCUCCUUUGCUAUCUCGACAAAACCCUCUCUCCACCUUUUUUUUCUUCUUCCCCAAAGCCGUCCAGCCUGCAAUCCGUCGUACCUGGGGAAAGACGUCUUCUUGUUAUUACUCACUGCUAGAGCCCAUCGGUUGUUUUGGCUCUGCACCUCUCCACUCCAAUUGAUUUGCCUGUUGCGUGCUGCGCUCGCUGAGGCUACCGAUCGUCGCCGCCAUGUUGGCUUCUCGACAGCUCCUGGGCGUCGCCCGGAGCCGUGUGCUCGGCAGUACCAGCGUUGGUCUGCGGCGCAUGGCCACGGUCUCCGAUUCUCCUUUAGACAAGAAGGUGCGGCAAAACAACUGGGAGGAGGGCAACUUCAUCAACUACAAGAAGAUGUCGGAGAACCUUGCCAUUGUUCGCUCGAGGCUCAACCGCCCCCUUACCUUUGCUGAGAAGAUCCUCUACUCUCACUUGGAUGACCCAGAGGGCCAAGAGAUCGAGCGGGGUGUCUCUUAUCUCAGGUUGCGACCGGAUCGCGUUGCUUGCCAGGACGCCACGGCCCAGAUGGCCAUCCUCCAGUUCAUGUCCGCCGGCAUGCCCUCCGUCGCGAACCCAAGCACUGUGCACUGCGACCAUUUGAUCGAGGCCCAGGUUGGUGGUGCUAAGGAUCUAGAGCGCGCUGUUAACAUUAACAAGGAGGUCUACGACUUCCUUGCGACUGCUUGCGCAAAGUAUAACAUCGGAUUCUGGAAGCCCGGUUCCGGUAUCAUCCAUCAAAUUCUACUCGAGAACUACGCUUUCCCCGGCGGUCUUCUCAUCGGCACUGAUUCGCACACCCCCAAUGCCGGUGGUCUCGGCAUGUGCGCCAUUGGUGUUGGUGGUGCCGAUGCCGUCGAUGUCAUGGCCAACCUCCCCUGGGAGCUCAAGGCCCCCAAGGUGAUUGGUGUGAAGCUUACUGGACAGAUGUCUGGGUGGACGGCUCCUAAGGACAUCAUCCUCAAGGUUGCUGGUAUUCUGACUGUGAAGGGAGGUACUGGCGCAAUUGUGGAGUACCAUGGCCCAGGUGUGCAGACUCUGAGCGCGACUGGACAGGCUACGAUUUGCAACAUGGGUGCCGAGAUUGGUGCCACAACCUCGCUGUUUCCCUUCAACGAGGGCCAGUACAGCUACCUCAAGGCCACCAAGCGCUCAGAGAUUGGCGAUUUCGCUCGUUCUUAUGCGAAGGAGCUGCGCGAGGAUGAGGGUGCCGAGUACGACCAGUUGGUUGAGAUCAACCUCUCCGAGCUUGAGCCCCACAUUAACGGGCCCUUCACACCCGAUCUUGCGACCCCGAUCUCCAAGUUCUCUGAGGCCGUCAAGGCCAACAACUGGCCUGCGGAACUCAAGGUUGGUUUGAUUGGGUCCUGCACCAACUCGUCAUACGAGGACAUGUCUCGUGGUGCUUCAAUCGCUCGCGAUGCCCUCAACCACGGCAUCAAGGCGAAGUCGCUCUUCACCGUUACCCCGGGUUCUGAGCAGGUUCGUGCCACCAUUGCGCGGGACGGUCAGCUCGAAACCUUCGAGGAGUUUGGCGGCAUGGUUCUUGCCAACGCUUGCGGCCCUUGCAUCGGUCAAUGGGACCGCAAGGACGUCAAGAAGGGCGAGGCUAACUCCAUUAUUUCGUCGUACAACCGCAACUUUACCGGCCGCAACGACGGUAACCCAGCCACACACUCUUUCGUCACCUCGCCAGAUCUCGUUGUUGCCAUGACCAUUGCAGGCAGUCUGCACUUCAACCCUCUGACGGACAAGCUUAAGGACAAGGAUGGUAACGAGUUCUUGCUUGCCCCCCCCACUGGCGAAGCACUGCCUGAGAGAGGAUACGACCCUGGCCAGGACACUUACCAGGCUCCUCCCGCCGACCGCAACACCGUCAGCGUCCAAGUGUCUCCUACUUCGGACCGUCUCCAGGUCCUGUCUCCCUUCAAUGCCUGGGAUGGCAAGGACGCCAAGGACCUGCCAAUCCUGAUAAAGGCUCAGGGCAAGACCACCACUGAUCACAUUUCUAUGGCUGGCCCGUGGCUCAAGUACCGCGGCCACUUGGACAACAUCUCGAACAACAUGUUGAUUGGCGCCAUCAACUCUGCCAACGGCGAGGCCAACAAGAUCAAGAACUUCACUACUGGAGAGUUUGACGCUGUGCCGGCUGUUGCCCGGGAUUACAAGAAGAAGGGGAUCCGCUGGGUUGUUGUCGGUGACUGGAACUAUGGUGAGGGCUCUUCCCGAGAGCAUGCCGCCCUGGAGCCGCGUCAUCUUGGUGGACUUGCCAUUAUCACCCGGUCGUUUGCCCGUAUUCACGAGACCAACCUGAAGAAACAGGGCAUGCUCCCCCUGACCUUCUCCGACCCUGCCGACUACGACAAGAUCCAGCCCGAUGAUAAGGUUGAUCUUCUCUGCACAGAACUUGAGGUUGGCAAGCCCUUCACGAUGGUUGUGCACCCUAAGGACAGCAAGGCUUUCGAGAUUAAGCUGUCACACACCUUCAACUCGGCUCAAAUCGAGUGGUUCAAGAAUGGUAGCGCACUGAACACGAUGGCCAAGGCCCACAAGUAGAAUGAGAUAACAUAGGGAACGUAAGGGGAGUGAGGUGUUGUUGGUGGUUUAGGGACAACGAACUGGCGUAUUACGCACUUUUUCCUUGUUUGUAUGUAUACAGUCAUGGCCGUUGCAUUUGAAUGGAUUUUUGUCAAGCCAUCUCAGUAGGAUGCUGGGAUUUUUUUUUUUUUAAAUCUCUUUUCGCUCCCUAGAUGUGGGCAAGCCUGGCCAACGCUCUGUACAUGGGGCAGGUUUCUUUGGAAUUGAUAACAUAUUUAAAACAAA